AUGCGCUCCAAAGUCGGGUACUAUGAAAAGGACCAAGCGGAUCUGCAGCAAGCCGCGCAGGCGACGAUUGCAAGCUUGAAGGCGCUUGUCGCCGACAAGAACCAGCGCAUCGAAGAGUACCAAGCCAAGCUCGAGGCCAUGCGCGCGACGAUGGACAAGCGCGCGUCCGAUGUGCAGGAGGAAGUCGAGCGCCAGAACCGCCGGUUGUACGAAGAAAACCAUUUGCAUAUUACGCAGCUCAAAGAAGCCACCGAGAAGAUCCGGCACCUCGAGGAGACGGGUGGCGGCCGUGCGGUUGUGGCGGCGCGCGAGAUGCACGAAGGGCUCCUCGAGCAGCUCAAGCAAGUGCACAUGGAGCUCGAACUCAAGAAAAACAUCAUUUCGGAGCUCCACCACAAGGUCGAGACGCUGCACAACCAGCGCCAAGUGGCCGAAGCCCGCGCCGGCGAAGCGCUCGAGGAGAUUGCGGCGCUCAAGGCCCUCCACGCAGCGCUCUCGAGCGACUUUGAAGAGAUGGAGCGCGAGAAGACGACGCAGCUCGCCCAUCUCCGGCAUGAAAUCGGCGGCAAGGAGCGCAAAAUGGGUCUCCUCCGCGACGCGAUCAUCAAGCUCAAGGAAGAGUUUCUCAAAGCGCAGGAGGCCCAAGCCGAAGAAAUUGUUCGCGCGACCUCCAAGCGGCAGGAGCGUGACGACGACCGCGUCACAGCGCUGCAAGACGCCAACACGAAGCUAUCGGCCAAGACGCAGAUGCUCCAAGAAAAGCUGCAAGCGACAACCUCCGAGCUCGCGACGAUGACGUCCAAGGCCAAGCGCGCCCAAGCGAUCGCCCAAAAGCAGCUGGCCCGACCAUCCGACGACAUGAAACAAGCGGUGGCGACGCUUCGGGACGAGUUGCAGCGCUGCAAAGCCAAGCUCGGGACGUACGCGGCGCAAGACGACCAGCUUCUCGAGCUGCAAAAGAAGAUCAAGGUCCUUGAAGCUCAAAACGCUGCGCUGCGAGAAGCUACGCCGGUCGCCCCGAAGGCAGCAACAACCAAUACCACCAACAACAACAACCAGGAAUCUGGCGGCGACGAGACGACGCGCAAGCAGUGGGAGAAUGAGAAGCGCAUGAAGCGCCGGGUCGAAGUGCUCACAACGCGCCUCGAAGAGAAGAAGGCUGAGGUCGAUACCCUCACGACCCAAUGCCACCGCUUGAAGGAGCAGUGGACUCGCGCGCAGAGCCAGCUCACGACCCAGGCCGAGCAGUUGAUGCAACUGCGAGCCGCGCCACUGCCCCACACCGUGCCCAAGAUAUCGCUUGACCAAGAGCGCGAGCUCGAGAGCUGCCACGAGCGGAUUCGCGAACUUCAAGCGCAAGUUCUCACGUCGCGCCAGGCGCUGCAUUUGCCCGAGGACGCGAGUGACGCGGCAAAAGCACUCUUGGAGAAGGACACGCAGCUCCUCGAACUCUCGUUCCAAGUCGAGAGUUUGAGCUUGGAGCUCGCGCGGCUGCGGCGUGCGCCGAAUCGGACGCCGCCCAUGACGCCGUCCCCUGCCCGCACACCGACGACGACCAAGAAGAGCCGAGCCGACGUCACCGCCCUUGAAGAUGUGAUUGAAAACAUGAAGCGGGCAAUGGAGAAGCUCCGGACCGAGAACGACCGCCUGCGCCGGCUCAAGCCAGCGAAGCCAUCGACGACCAAGACACCUGACGCGCUUGUGUCGACGCUGCAGGCGCAGCUCGACCAGAAAAGCCACGAGAUAGCGCGACUCAGUGCGGAAAGCGCCGAGCUGCAGCGCAAAUAUCGAACGCUCCACGGCAAGUGGAAGACACUCCGAGACGACGAGAGCGCAUUGCGCCACGCGCUGGACGAGAAGGACCGCCGUCUCGAGGCCAUAUCGCGCCAACCCAGCAACGACGAGAUCGUGCGGUCGCUCGAGCAGCACAACGCGCAGCUCUUGGAAGAGAACGCCAAGCUCUCGGACGAGCUCUCGGCCGAGGCGAUUCGCAGCAAACAGCUUCUCGAGCGACAAGUCACCGCGCUGCAACACCAAUUGCGAUAG